AUGGAUGAGGACACUCACGGAGGGAUGAGUGCCAUGGUAGACAAGGAAGGAGGCAAGGUCAAAUACCGCGGAGUGCGGAGGCGGCCGUGGGGUAAGUUUGCGGCGGAGAUUCGAGACUCGACUAGGCAUGGCGCGCGCGUGUGGCUCGGGACUUUUAAUACUGCAGAGGAGGCUGCUAGAGCUUAUGAUCGAGCCGCUUAUGCCAUGAGGGGUUCUUUAGCUAUUCUAAACUUUCCGAAUGAGUACCCUUUAGCGAGUGGCGGCUCUUCUGCUCCUUCGUCUUCUUCGGCUGCGUCUUCUUCCUCGGGGCGUGGGAAUAUGGGGGAGAGAGGUAGAAGUGAGCAUGGACAGCAAGUUUUUGAGUUCGAGUGCUUGGAUGACAAGGUGUUGGAGGAUCUUCUGGAUUCGGAAGAGAAAAAGAACUAGAAAUGACGAUCGAAGGGGGUGUCGCUUCUUCUUCUUCUUCUUUAUUUUAUUUUUUGAUUAAAAAAAAAAGAUAUAUAUGCUCUUGUUCUUGCUAUGAAUAGUGGCAAAUAUCAUCGAGUUUUUGUUUCUCUUUGGAGUGAGUUCUCCUCAAGCGAAAAGGGAAGCAGAACACUAGUGACUUCCCUUUCAAAAAAAGGUGUGGUGGUUUUAAUGAUUGUAAUACGUACCCCGUAAUUAAAACAUCUGCAAAAAAUUUCUUUGGGGGUCCUUCCAUUCCCACCAUUAUAGCUUUUUAAUCCCCGAUAAAAGACCUCAUUGUAAACUAGCUCGUACAC